UUAAUUGUUCUUGAUGUCGGUGGCCUCAAAUACAAAACACAAAAGAUCACACUUGGAGCUUCUCCGUAUUUUCGCAACCUCUUGACCCGAUGGGAGAAUUGCAGCGAUAAGCAGGAGGACAACUCGUACUUUGUUGACGCAGACCCCGAUACGUUUCAGUAUGUCUUGGAUUUCAGGCGACGUCCGUCAAGAUACCCUCUGUACUGGACAAAAGAGACAGGUUUUGACUACGCACUCUACAACAAACUCGAAGCAGAAGCCGAUUACUUCCUUCUCCAUGACCUGCGCAACUGA